CUUUCGUACGACAGUGACAGUACCGCCAAAAGAAGAGAAAUUUCGGGGCUCUCCUAUUUCUAACCUAAGGCUGAUAGAUACGUUUGUGAAUAACAAAGCUUAAAGGAAAUACAUCUUCAAGUAAGCAUGCCUGCAAUUGAAGAAGUGGAGGAAACAUCUGCAGAUAAUGAGGUGGGAACCCUGAAAAAGGAGGAGAAUAUGGAUGAGGCAGGAGAUCGGAAUCACAUAUCACCAUCUCCAGAAAAGAUUGAUGACCUGUCAGAGACGAAUAAAGAUGGGGACAAUAAUCAACAUCAUCCUACAGAAAAAGAAGACAGUGAAAUGGAUGAGGAUGGUUAUGUAGACAUACUGGGAAGUGGUGACCUGAUGAAAAAGAUUGUAAAACCAGGCUGUGGCAAUGGAAACCACGGCCAGAAAGAGGGUCUCUAGUGAAGCUUCGUAUUCUGGAAAGCU